AUUAGACAGUGCUCGGACACGCGACUGACUCAGCUCUCCCGCUGCAGUGACUUUUUUUUGUUCACACACGCCGUGUCUGACUCGCGCUCAGGAUUCAGGACACAUUGCUCCACGUUCACUACAUCGGGUGGCUGUAGAGAAAGCCACGCGAGCGUCCGGAAAAGGAUCCAAUAGACGAUCGGCAAAAGAGGCAAAAGAGAAGGAGCACGUGCUGUGGAAAAGCCAGCUCCAAACAGCAGGAACGAGAGGGGCUGCCUGGAGGAUCUCCUUUGUCAGGGACAGUGCUGCUGUAUUCUUCUUCCAGGAAGGGAGGGGGGAGAAGAGCUGUGGCUGAUCUGCAGCCAUGCAUCGCUUAAGGACUACAGUUGCAAGGCUUCGGCCUUUAACGGCUGCACAGACAGCCCGAAGCCUAUCACAGCCAAGACUGUUGGCGAUCAAAGGGGGCUUAAGGACGUUUAAGCCUGCAAGGCGUCUGAACACAUCUGUGGCUGCUGAGCCCUUUCUUAAUGGCACCAGCUCUAACUAUGUGGAGGAGAUGUACUUUGCAUGGCUGGAGAAUCCCAGGAAUGUGCACAAGUCCUGGGAUAUAUUUUUCCGUAAUGCUAACGCUGGGGCUCCGCCUGGUGAGGCCUACCAGAGCCCUCCACCCCUUAGUGGGUCUUCUCAGGGACUGGUCAAGGCACUGGUGGGUGCUCAGCCCAAUGUGGAGAAACUGGUGGAGGAUCAUCUAGCAGUACAAUCACUCAUACGAGCAUACCAGGUACGAGGGCAUCACAUAGCGAAGUUGGACCCCCUGGACAUCAGCUGUGUAGACUUUGACGAUGCCCCUUGUACCGUUGGUUUCCAGAACGUUGGUUUUUACGGGCUGGCUGAAUCCGACUUGGACAAGAUGUUCCGGCUUCCCACCACCACCUACAUCGGCGGCAGCGAGAGCUCUUUGCCUCUCAGAGAGAUUAUACGACGUCUGGAAAUGGCCUACUGUCAACAUAUUGGAGUAGAGUUUAUGUUCAUUAACAACAUGGAGCAGUGUCAGUGGAUCAGACAGAAGUUUGAGACACCAGGCAUCAUGCAGUCCAGUCUGGAGGAGAAGAAGACUCUUUUGGCCAGAAUGAUCCGAUCCACAAGGUUUGAGGAGUUUCUCCAGAGGAAAUGGUCUUCAGAGAAACGUUUCGGUCUGGAAGGUUGUGAAUCGCUCAUCCCGGCCCUCAAAACCAUCAUCGACAAGUCCAGUCAGAGCGGAGUGGAGAGUGUGAUCAUGGGGAUGUCUCACAGAGGGAGGCUGAACGUGCUGGCUAAUGUGAUCCGGAAGGAGCUGGACCAAAUCUUCUGCCAGUUCGACUCUAAACUAGAAGCUGCUGACGAGGGUUCUGGUGAUGUGAAAUAUCACUUGGGGAUGUAUCACAAGAGGAUGAACCGGGUCAGCGACCGGGAAAUCACAAUGUCACUCAUGGCGAACCCGUCCCACCUGGAAGCAGUGGACCCGGUGGUGCAGGGAAAGACCAAAGCGGAGCAGUUCUACUGUGGAGACACUGAAGGCAAGAGGGUGAUGUCUAUUCUGCUUCACGGUGAUGCUGCAUUUGCAGGCCAGGGUAUCGUUUACGAGACGUUCCACCUGUCUGACCUGCCGUCCUACACAACACACGGCACCAUACACGUGGUGGUCAACAACCAGAUCGGUUUCACCACAGAUCCCAGAAUGGCACGUUCAUCUCCUUACCCUACAGAUGUCGCACGGGUCGUCAACGCUCCCAUCUUCCACGUCAAUGCAGACGACCCAGAAGCUGUGGUGUACGUGUGCAAAGUAGCAGCCGAGUGGAGGACCACUUUCCACAAAGAUGUAGUCGUCGACCUGGUGUGUUACAGACGUAACGGCCAUAAUGAGAUGGACGAGCCGAUGUUUACCCAGCCGCUUAUGUACAAGCGGAUCAAGAAGCAGAAAGGGGUCCUGCAGAAGUUUGCUGAAAAAGUCAUUGCUGAGGGAGUGGUCACGACACAAGCAUAUGAGGAGGAAGUAGCGAUUUACGACAAAAUCUGCGAGGAAGCUUACGCUCGCUCUAAAGAUGAGAAGAUCCUUCACAUCAAACACUGGCUCGACUCACCAUGGCCUGAUUUUUUCACAGUGGAUGGACAGUCUAAAAGUAUGAACAGCCCGUCCACCGGCAUCAGUGAAGAGGAGCUCAGCCAUAUUGGAAACAUUGCUGCCUCUGUCCCCGUGGAAGACUUCACGAUACACGGAGGUUUGAGUCGUAUCCUAAAAGGCCGUGCAAAUAUGGUGAAUCAGCGAGUGUGUGAUUGGGCUCUCGGGGAAUAUAUGGCCUUUGGCUCUCUGCUCAAAGAGGGGAUCCACAUACGCCUCAGUGGACAGGAUGUGGAGAGGGGCACAUUCAGCCAUCGACACCAUGUUCUUCAUGACCAGAACGUUGACAAGAGGAUCUGCAUCCCAAUGAACUACAUGUCCCCUGAUCAGGCUUCUUACACGGUCUGCAACAGCUCUCUAUCUGAGUAUGGAGUACUAGGUUUUGAAUUAGGCUUUGCCAUGGCCAGUCCCAAUGCGCUGGUGCUGUGGGAGGCCCAGUUUGGAGACUUUAAUAACACAGCUCAGUGUAUCAUCGACCAGUUCAUCAGCUCAGGUCAGGCCAAGUGGGUCAGACAGAACGGCAUAGUGUUGCUGCUUCCUCACGGCAUGGAGGGAAUGGGUCCAGAGCACUCGUCUGCCCGCCCUGAAAGGUUUCUACAGAUGUGCAAUGAUGACCCGGAUGUUUUCCCUAAACUGUCAGAGAACUUCGCAGUGCGUCAGCUGUACGACUGUAACUGGAUCGUUGUCAACUGCUCUACUCCUGCAAACUACUUCCACGUCCUGCGCAGACAGAUCCUGCAGCCCUUCAGGAAACCUCUGAUAGUGUUUACUCCCAAGUCGCUGUUGCGCCAUCCUGAGGCCAAGUCCAGCUUUGACGACAUGCUGCCAGCCACCGACUUCAAACGUAUAAUCCCAGACGAUGGGCCGGCAGCUGCAAGCCCGGAAAAGGUGAAGAGAGUCAUUUUCUGCACCGGCAAGAUCUAUUACGAACUGGCACGUGAACGCAAGAACAGAGGCAUGGACGACACUUUGGCUGUUAUCCGCAUUGAACAGCUCUCACCCUUCCCGUUCGAUCUGGUGAAAGCAGAGACUGAUCGUUAUCCAAAUGCUGACCUGGUUUGGUGUCAGGAAGAGCACAAGAACCAGGGCUACCACGACUACGUCAAGCCCCGCAUCCGUACCACCACCAACCAUGCCCGCCCCGUCUGGUAUGCUGGUCGUGACCCGGCAGCGGCUCCAGCUACUGGGAACAAGCCAACUCACCUCAUGGAGCUGCAGCGUUUAGUGGACACAGCGUUUGACCUCGAAACAUUCUCAGGAAAAAAGUAACAACGGGUUUACACCUGCUUUUACUCUCUCCACGCUUCCGAUCUAACCUGCCUGUCAAGCUUCACGUCUUCAGUGCAGGAGGCUUUAACUUUUGCCUACAACACUUUGCACGGAUGUGUUUUUUCCUCAAUAUAUUUACAUAUCAGACCUCUUAUCAGGCGUAAUGUUCAAGCACAACACUGUUACCAUGAAGAUCUCCUGUUCACAGUGAUGGACACUAUUAUAAAAAAAAGUAAUGCAACUUAACCUGCAUUGAAUGUAUGAAUUUAGACAAAUAGUUUUAUCUUAAUUUUUGAUUUGCUUCUAUUUUAUCAAUUACAAAAUAAUGCUCUGCAUAUCCAGAAUCCACCAAUAUCCUGUUUGCAAUCACCCGCUGAACAAAGAUUUGAAUAAUUUAUUAUUACAUUGUGUAAAAUGGAAAAGGUAGGAAAUGUAGAAACUAUAACGAACAUAUUUAAAGCAUAUUUGUGUUCUUACCCAGAGUUAGAUGAGUUUGAUACAACACGCAGUGACUUUUGUAACCAGGCUACCUGUUUCCCCGUGUUCUGUCUUUAUGCUAAGCUAAGCUAACCAGCUGCUGGCUGUGACCUUUUGAAAAGAUUAGUGUCUGCCUUUUUGUGAAAAUAUUUUUCAGUUGAAGAGUAAAGUCACAGAUCAAAGGGACCUAACGGUUUUUCUGUUUUUUUUAUCUGAGUUCAGCAGUGACUUUAAAAUGACAGGGUUGUUAUCUGCCUGCACAGAGCGGAGGCUUCACAUGCAUCUACAUCUGCUGUAACAUAAACACCUCUUUUUUGUUUCUGUUGAUUUUGUACCUCAUUUUCUUUUUUCAUAUAUUCUGCUUCAGUUCUUCCCUAUUUAUUUUUCUCCUCCAUGGUUCGCUCGUCGUCCCAUCUCAUCACUGUAAACGUUUGUUUGUGCCAAAUGUAACAGAUUACUUGAAAUUAAAUUUCAUCAGCUCCUCAGAUUUGUAGGAUGUAUUUAUUUUCAUAUAGUGUUGUCUGUUUUAUUGUUUUCAAUAAAUAAAGAUUAUAGUUCCUGGUGA